AUGAUGCUCCCGUCCCCCACUCCCACGGUGGCGGCGGCACCUCCUCGACCAGCUCUACCGUCACAACAGCAGGCGGCGCCGCUGGAGCGUGAGGUGGCCAAUACGCACACGCCUCAUGCGCAGCGGCCUGCUUCUUUGAGCCCCACACCCGGCGGUGGGCUGCGGCACCGGCGGCCAUGGAGCAACGAGGCCACGGCGGCCGUGUUCCAGGGCCUGGAGCCGCUGAGGGUCCCCGAUAGCGACAACCGCGCGCACCUCAAGACCAUACUCUCGGGCAAGGAUGGACUCGUCGUGGCCGCGCCGUAG